UUGUAGAUGAUGCGACACGAGUUGUACUACAAAGUAAAAACUAUAUCAAUGCUAAUUACAUCGACGGUCACAAGGCGUCUCCAGCUUAUAUUGCAUCCUUAGGACCAACUUAGAGCACAAUGAGCGAUUUUCAAGAUUUUUGGGAAAUGAUUUGGCAAGAAAAAACAGAUAAAAUAGUCAUGUUGACUAACUUGGAAGAGUCUAAGAAAAUGAAAUGUGAACAAUAUUGGCCAGAACAAGGAGGAGCUAAGAAGUAUGGUAAAUACAAAGUUACAAGCGCAGCUGAGAAAAGGUUUACUGAAUUCACAGUUAGAGAGUUUACAAUAAAUGCAAAGUCUGAGACGAGACAAGUGACACAAUAUCACUACACAGCAUGGCCUGACAAAUCCGUUCCUGAUGGUGUUGCAACUCUGUUAGAGUUCAGAGACAAAGUUGAACAAUCACAAACAACAAAUGUUGGUCCAAUGGUUGUCCAUUGCAGUGCUGGUAUUGGUCGAACUGGAACCUAUAUCGCCCUUGAUAUACUCAUAAAAGAAGGCAAGGAUGACAAUUAUGUCGACUUUUUUGGCUGCGUGAUGGCGCUUCGUGGACAAAGAGCUCACAUGGUGCAAAAUUUGGAUCAAUAUAUAUUUCUUCACCCCUGUGUUCUGUAUGCUCUGACAUGUGACACUGAACCGCUCUCGCUCACUUCAAUACCAAAUAUUAUGACAGAUGAAAAAAUAUUACAACAGUAUCAGACUUUUACGGACAUUCAAAUACCAAUGGACAAAGAUCGUAGGUCAGUUGCAAACAAUAAAAGCAGAAAAGGAACUAGAAGUGGAGCUGACAUUCCUUGCGACGACUAUAGAGUGCGAUUGACCAUAGCAGGGCAUGAUUACAUAAAUGCAGUCUAUGUUAAUGGAUACGAAAAGAGCAACAGAUUUAUUCUGGCACAAACACCUUUACCGAAUACAGUGGAAGAUUUCGUAUUUAUGUUGUAUCAAGAAAAGUGCCCAUGUAUUGUAUGCCUUGAUGAAGAAAAUAUAAAGGAUAAAACGGUCGGGUACUAUCUUCCACAUGCCAAUAAAGCGUCCAAAGUUGGGCAUUUUCAAGUAACAUGCAAGACAUGUGACUCAACGGAAGAUAUAGUUGUUCGAGAGUUGACGAUUUUAUGCAGUGGAUCGCAAUCAUCAGAAGAAUUGAAAAUCAAACAUUACCAGUUCAGAGGUUGGACUAACUCCGAAAGUGCCCCUUCAAGAGUUGAACCUUUCUUAAAGAUGGUUAAGGACGUUGAAAAUGAGAGAAAUGCUCAGAAAUCGGAACAGCCAAUCGUAGUUCAUUGCUUAACUGGAGCCGAAAGAAGUGGUCUUUUCUGUGUUGUUUCCUUGCUAUCGGAGAAGCUUCACUUUGAAAAAGAACUCAGUGUUCUUAAUACAGUAUGUCAGGUUCGCACUAGGAGGCGGCCAGCUUUUCAUGACAUAGAACAUUACCGGUUCUGCUACAAAUGUGUGAAGGAAAUGUCCGAGAUUUCCAACUCAAGCACAUACUACAAUAUGAACAAUAUGUAAAUGGUAAAGGACAUAAAACUGACUGUAUGUCUUAUAUAUGAUUCCGUUUGUAGGAAAUAUAGUUUUAUCCUUUGGAAUUAUUAAGUGACAGCAUUGUCCAAAUGUAAAACAAUCAAUAAUCACGUACUGCUAAUGUUAGAAUCUUAGCUUUUUCAUUAUCAUGUGUUACAAAAAAGUGUUUUCGAUGAUCUAUGUCGGUGACCGCUUAUAUAUCCUGCGAGACACAUACGUGAUUAAGGCAUCUAAAGCUAUAUACAUUCCCACUGAAUCCAAUCUGUGUUAUUAUAUUAUUCGGGAUUUCAAAAAUUAACGGAAAUGCAAAAGUGAUUAUAUUUAUGUCGCUUGUCCUUAACAUGAAAAAGUUCAGUGUCCCCGUGAGAAGCAAUGUGAUAUUUAUAUAAUAUAAGUAUAGUUUUAUCAUAUCAGUUUUAUUAAAGGUAAAUAAGACAUUAUCAAUAUUUAUAUUUCAAUAGCUAUGUUUUACCAGCUUACCUUUUCCCUCAGCGAGAAGUAAGUUGAAUAUAGUAGAUGUGAAAUAUACAUAUACACCGUUAUCAGCCUUUUUACGAUUUCAUCAGUACCUCCUCCAAAAAAAGGUAUAUUUGUUAAAGAGUCUUUGAGGCAUGGCAGAGUUAAUGGUCACUGGACGUGGAAAAAGUAUUUACAAAGCGCAAAUCAGGCAGCAGGAGUAUUGAUCAUAUUUAGUGAUAGCUCUAGUUUAUGCGUGUCACACGUGAUAUAUACAUUGUCGUCAGCUGUAUUUCAGUUUUCAUAUUUUUGCGGUUUACAUGUUUCUAUCAAAGGGAAUAAAUGAUAUAUCUGAUUGAAAAAUACAUGUAUGUCAUUUACAACCUUUCUAAUCAACCAUCAUGUUGAAAUGCAUACAAUGUGUGAAUAAUGUGUGUGCAUACAAUGUGUGAAUAUAUGUUACAAACAAUAACCACAAAAAGCUGCUUGAAAAUAUUCAUUAAUUUAAACGGAACAUUUCCUAGCUUAAUCAUGUGAAAAUGACAAUGUGAUAGGGUCUUUUGUCAUUUAAUGUAUUUUCUAGGUUAUUUCUUUAUUGUUUUCAUAGUUGCAUAAUAAUUAUUUACGUUACCGUUUUUAGUUAAACUGUUCAUGUUUUGCUGCUUAAUGAUUAUUAGUUCGCAGGUGGAAGAGUCUUACUGGGGGUAGCUGUACAUUUAUGAUCCUGCUUCGAUCAAAUGUCAGGAACUAUUUUGUAAACAUGUAACUGUAAAGGGUAGACAAUGCAUUUUUCCUAAAAAAUCACACUGUUGCUUGUUAUCAUAAUAUAAAGCAUUAUUUACUGAAACUAGAAAUUAAUUGCUCAUGCUUCUGUAGUAUUAUAUUCAUAUAGAUAUAGCAUGCUGGUCCUGAUAUUAGAGUUUUGCAUGACAUAUACAUCAGCAUUUGAACAGUUUGAUCUGUUCCAUACUGUCUACACAAUCAUUUUGCUUUCUAUGCAUCCAUUAUGCGUAUUGUACUGUACCUACCUUUGUAAUAAAGAAUAAUAAUAUUUA